AUGGCAACAUCAAGUGAAUUUUCAGCUGAGUUAUUAAAACUAAAAAAAGAUCAUUUAGUAGAAAUUAUAUUAAAUAAAUGUGUUCCCAGUACCAUUAGUGUAAGCGAAGAAUUGCGUAGACAUGUAGAAGACACCGAAAACGAUGGAACCAGCAAGUUGGCAAAAGUUAACCUCGAAAACAACAUACCGUUCAUUAAGCUAGAAAGUGAAUUAAAAUUAACAAAAGUUGAACUAGAAUGUUCUAAAGAAAUCAUUGCAACAUUAAAAACCACAGUGAGUGAUAAGGAAUUAAUAAUAACCUUAUUACAAAAAAGUAAACAAAUAAAUUCUGCUCAAAUGGAUUGCAGCGUUGCCGAUGCAGUCAAAAAAUCUUCUAACCAGGGAAACCAGGAAAAUCAGCGAACUAAUAUAAACCAAAUAAAUUGCGGCGUUGCCAAUGGGAUGAAAAUAGAUUCAAAUCAUGGAAAACAAAACCAGCCAACAAAUUAUAGUGGAAACCAAGGAAAAUCGCAAGAACCAAUAAAUAAAAACAAAGCAAAAGUUGUAGGAUCCAACGAGAAAGAAAAUGUUUUUAAAAGUGCCCCUAAGAGAGCUGUUAUACAUUUGGGGAGAGUAAACUUAAAUACUAGUCCAGAGGAUAUAAAAAAUUAUGUAGUCACCACAUUUAAAAGAAAUGACUUUAAUAUCGAACCUUGUCCAGUAAGAGAGGGUGCUAAAAGUAUUUCCUUUAGGAUUGAGACAGAUAUCUCAAUUUUGGAGGAACUAUACUUAAGCGAAAAUUGGCCCAAAGGUGUUCUAAUCAAUAGAUACAGGUUUUUUCGUAACCAAACAGCAGCAGCAGAAUUUAAAUAG